AUGGCUGUGCUUGUGCUUAAUGUCAUAUAUUUUGUACAUAGUUGGCCCCGAGCCCAAAGAAAUAAGACAUCUAGAGUUGGAAGUGAUGCUGGAGGUUGGACUUCAACUCGCAGCUUUGUGUCAAGGAAUGAGGACUCUGAUGAAACAAUAGCUUUUCUGUUCGGUGACAUGGGAACUGCAACACCAUACUCUUACCUUUCUCCGUACAGAAGAAGAAAGCAUAGCGACCAUCAACCUUGGAGACCUGAGUGGUCUGCGGGAAUUUAUGGAAAUGAUGGGGGUGGUGAAUGCGGUGUACCCUUCAGCUUUAGGUUCAGAAUGCCUGGAAACUCUUUAGAGCCAACUGGAACCCGAGCCCUGGACACUAGGAACCUUUACUACUCAUUUGAUAUGGGGGCAGUACAUUUUGUAUACUUGUCAACUGAGACCAAUUUCCUUCCAGGGAGCAGCCAAUAUAGUUUCUUAAAGCAUGAUUUGGAGUCAGUUAAUAGAAAUAAAACCCCUUUUGUGGUAGUCCAAGGGCACCGGCCGAUGUAUACAACAAGCAAUGAAACUAGAGAAGCCCCAUUGAGGGAGAAGAUGCUUGAGCACUUGGAACCUUUGUUUGUGAAAAACAAGGUCACCCUUGCUUUGUGGGGUCAUGUCCAUAGAUAUGAGAGGUUUUGUCCAAUGAAUAACUUUACUUGUGGAAGCAUGGGUCUGGAUGGGGAGGAUUGGGAGGCAUUUCCAGUCCAUAUUGUUAUUGGGAUGGGAGGACAGGACGCGCAAUCCACCUGGGAGCCUAGACCUGACCACCCAAAUGAUCCAAUCUUCCCACAACCAAAGCGCUCUUUGUACCGCGGGGGUGUGUUUGGGUACACUAGAUUGGUUGCUACAAAGGAGAAGCUUCAGCUUUCUUAUGUAGGAAACCAUGAUGGAGAAGUGCAUGAUAUGGUGGAGAUUCUAGCAUCUGGACAAGUUCUCAGUGGCAGUGGGGCUAGUGCCGGUGCCGGGAGCAAGGCGGCUCGGUCCAAAUCUUCAUUGUUGGUUGAGGGAGUGAUCAUGUUAGUGCUUGUGGCUUUUGUAGGCUAUGUUCUUGGUUUCCUUUCACGUUCCCAGAAAGACGCUACUUCAAAAAAUAGAUGGAUUCCCGUGAAGACAGAAGAUCUUUGA